AUGGAGGCGGACGCGGGGCCGCUGCCCAUGCCGGAGCCGGCGCCGAGCUCGGAGCAGGGCCCGGAGCCCGAGGAGGACGCGCUGGCCGAGUUCGCGGCGCUGCACGGCCCGGCGCUGCGCGCGUCGGGGGUCCCGGAGCGGUACUGGGGCCGCCUCCUGCACAAGCUGGAGCACGAGGUGUUCGACGCCGGGGACAUGUUCGGGAUCAUGCAGGUGGAGGAGGUGGAGGAGGACGGUGAGGACGAGGCUGCGCGGGAAGCACACAGGAAGAAGCCCAACCCGGGCAGCGAGCUCUGCUACAAGGUCAUCGUGACCAACGAGAACGGGCUGCGGGCGGCCGACCCCAACAGCAUCUUCCUCGUCGACCACGCCUGGACGUGCCACGUGGAGCACGCCCGCCAGCAGCUGCAGCAGAUCCCGGGGCUGCUGCACCGCAUGGCCAACCUCAUGGGCAUCGAGUUCCACGGGGAGCUGCCCAGCGCCGCGGCCGUGGACCAGGUGCUGGAGGAGAUGUGGAAGUUCAACCAGACCUACCAGCUGUCCCACGGGACGGCGGAGGAGAAGGUGCCGGUGUGGUACAUCAUGGACGAGUUCGGCUCGCGCAUCCAGCACGCGGACGAGCCCAGCUUCGGCGCCGUGCCCUUCUUCUACGUGCCCCAGCAGGUGGCCUACACGCUGCUGUGGCCGCUGCGGGACCUGGACACGGGCGAGGAGGUGACGCGGGACUUCGCCUACGGAGAGACGGACCCCCUGGUCCGGAGGUGCAUGCUGCUGCCCUGGGUGCCCUCCGACCUGCAGGACGUGAGCUCCCGCACGCCCGAGCCACCGGCCGAGUACUACCAGGCCAUUCUGAAGGAGAACAGGGAGCAGCUGCCACUGGCCAUCGAUGCGGCCGUGUACCCCAGCGACCACAUCUUCAGGGUCCACACGGACGUGCAGCAGGUACUGGACCACCUCACGCACCCCCGCUUCACCUUCACGCCGAGCGAGGCGGACGCCGACAUCCUCUUCCACUUCUCCCACUUCAAGGACUACCGGCGGCUCAGCCGGGAGAGGCCGCGCGUGCUGCUGAACCAGUUCCCCUGCGAGAGCCUGCUGACCGUGAAGGACUGCCUGGCCUCCGUGGCGCGCCGGGCGGGGGGCCCCGAGGGCCCGGCCUGGCUGCCCCGCACCUUCAACCUGCGCACCGAGCUGCCCCAGUUCGUCAGCUGCUUCCAGCAGCGGGAGCGGCGGGGCGAGGACAACCACUGGAUCUGCAAGCCCUGGAACCUGGCACGCAGCCUGGACACGCACGUCACCAGGAGCCUCCACAGCGUCAUCCGGCACCGGGAGAGCAGCCCCAAGGUGGUCUGCAAGUACAUCGAGAGCCCGGUCCUGUUCCUGCGGGAGGACGUGGGCAAGGUCAAGUUCGACGUGCGCUACAUCGUGCUGCUGCGCUCGGUGGAGCCCCUGCAGCUGUUCGUGUACGACGUGUUCUGGCUGCGCUUCUCCAACCGGCCCUUCGCCCUCACCGACCUGGACGACUACGAGAAGCAUUUCACCGUCAUGAACUACGACCCGGAAGUGGUGCUAAAGCAGGUGCACUACGACGAGUUCAUCCCUGAAUUCGAGAAGCAGUACCCAGAAUUCCCCUGGAGGGGCGUCCAGGCCGAGAUCUUCCGGGCCUUCACGGAGCUGUUCCAGGCGGCGUGCGCGGAGCCCCCUCCCCGCGGCCUCGGCCACUACCCCUCGUCCCGUGCCGUGUACGCCAUUGACCUCAUGCUCAAGUGGGACAGCCGUCCGGACGGGCAGCGCGUGAUGCAGCCCCAGAUCCUGGAGGUGAACUUCAACCCGGACUGCGAGCGCGCCUGCCGCUACCACCCCAGCUUCUUCAACGACGUCUUCAGCACCUUGUUCCUGGACCAGCCCGGUGGCUGCCCCGUCACCCGCCUGCUCUAG